UCUCGCGUGUUCCCCACAUAUCGUCAGGGGCACUUCCAUCCUCCGUUCCGUCCCUACGGCAAUUCCAGGGCGCCGACAUUAAGCGCCUCCUAAUGCCGGUACCGGCCCUUCCUGAACAUACUUGGAGGUCGACCCCUGUUGAUCAGUAUUGCAAGUGCCAGACACCAGUAUACAUUCGGUACACGAGGGUAUUCGACACUGCCAAGUUGUCCCUCCAUUGUAGCCCCACACGGGACAACUCCGAGAAUAUGUCGUACGAGCAUCGAUGACAACCAUGUCGCUGCCGGAUGCUGUACUGUGCGCUCUUUCUUCCUGACACCAAACCCUUGGGCUGCGCAGGCAAUCGGACGUGUGCACACCUCGUGCAAACACUACGUUUCUUUGUCACACCUGCGUCAGUCGCUCGCAGGCAGUUCUGUUGACACCCACCAUCGGAAAUGUCCCGGCUUGCCAUCGGGAGAGAAGUGAAAGAGACAGAGCGACUUCUCGCUUAGGCGUCUUACAACGACACACCAUGUUUACAAAUCUUUGUCCCUCGAGACGCAGUUGUAAAGACUACAAGUACACGAUAUACUGCGGAUCGGGAGACUCCGAGAACAAUAUGGAGAGUCGGGAAACACAGUCGGGACAUCUUGGGCGCUUUUGGAUGAAUCCGGGAAGACGACUGACGAUGGUUAACCAGGUGCAUACCGACGAUUGUAGCGAGUCGGGCAUGAUGCCCAAACAUGGAAGGAUGCCCGAGGACCCCUAUAUGCUUAGGUAAACAAACUCCGGUGCUCCGCCAUACCACACGGUUGCCGGUGCUGUCAGACAUCAUCG